AACGAUUUGUAUCAACUUGUGCUGCCGCAGAACAACAACUGGACUGACACGUUUUGAAGUGCCCCUUGCUUUGCUUAUGUAAUAAAUAUAGCCGAACUGUGGCAGUUUGGCGUGUCAGUGCGCUUGCGUGGACGUGGCGCGAGCUGGUCCAUCGCGGCGCGGGGACUCAGGCGGCGGCGGUGACACGCCAAACAAACAUCCACGGACCGCAAGGCUCGUGAAGGUUUUCAGCGGUGCAGGGGGGCGGUUUUGACCCGAAGGUGCACGAGGGCGCUGACGCUCCACCGCUAUUCACGCGCGGAACGCACGCAGACCCGGUGAAGUCGUCACGGGGGGGUUAGAGUCUGUGGAAUCUGUCGCGAGCUAUUGCGGACUGCGUUUGCCAGCGGAGGUGCGACAUCGACCUGCGCUGGAGGCUGUGGCCGAAUCCGGAGCAUCCCACUCCAGCGCAGCAGCAUCCGUUCAUCCCGACAUCCGCCAGCUCCAGGUCCAGCGGGAGGCCAGGGAGCGGCGGCAGGAUGUAGCGGCGGAUUAACGGAGGAGAGAGGGGCGCUCAGAGGAAGAGAGCUGGACCGAGUGGACCGGGGCGGGACGGAGGGGACAUGGGGAAGGACCAGGAGCUUCUCCAGGCCGUGAAGACCGAGGACCUGCUGACAGCUCAGCGGCUUCUACAGAGACCUCGGCCAGGAAAAGCUAAGCUCCUCGGAGCAGCGAAGAGGGUCAAUGUCAACAUCCAGGAUGCAGACGGGCUGUCGCCGCUGCACCACGCUGCCCUGAGUGGGAACAAGGACCUGAUCUCUCUGCUGUUGGAGGCUCAGGCGGCUGUGGAUAUCAAAGAUCAUAAAGGAAUGCGUCCUCUGCAUUAUGCUGCAUGGCAGGGGAAGACUGAACCAAUGAAAAUGCUGCUGAAAGCAGGCUCAUCAGUCAACGGACAGUCAGAUGAAGGACAGAUCCCUCUCCACCUGUCAGCUCAGCACGGACACUAUGAUGGGUCAGAAAUGUUGCUACAACACCAGUCCAACCCUUGUAUCUCAGAUGCAGCUGGGAAAACUCCCCUGGACCUUGCCUGUGAAUUUGGACGUGUCACAGUGGUCCAGCUCCUGCUCAGCAGUAACAUGUGUGCAGCCAUGUUGGAGCCGAAACCCUCAGACCCAAAUGGAGUCUCCCCGCUGCAUCUCGCUGCUAAGAAUGGACAUAUAGACGUCAUACGGUUGUUGAUCCAGGCUGGUAUAGACAUCAACAGGCAGUCUGAGUGUGGCACUGCCCUACAUCAGGCUGCCCUCUGUGGGAAGACGGAGGUGGUGCGGCUGCUGCUGGAUAGUGGCAUCAGUGCAGGAGUGAGAAACACUCUGAGUCAAACUGCCUUGGACAUCGUUAACCAGUUUACCACCACGCAGGCCAGCCGGGAGAUUAAACAGUUACUGAGAGAUGCAUCGGCUGCGAUGCAGGUCCGAGCACUGAAGGAUUACUGUAACAACUAUGACCUUACCAGCCUCAACAUCAAAGCUGGAGACAUCAUCACGGUGUUGGAGCAGCACUCUGAUGGCCGAUGGAAAGGCUGCAUUCAUGAUAACCGCACCGGAAACGACCGAGUGGGUUACUUCCCAUCCAACAUCGUGGAGGUCAUCAAGAGGGCAGGCCACUCCCCCUCCCAGCAGUGCCACACCCUCCUCCUCCGCCGGCCCAACCCCUGCCCCAUUGCCUCUGCCAACGGACACCCAUACCCCCCCACCAAAGUUCUCCCUCUACAUCUGCAUCUGCCUCCCCCUCCUCCCCUCCAUUCCAGCGCACAGUCCCUCCCUCGCUUCUCCUCAUUCGGGUACGUUCCUCUUCCCAUCUCUCCUCCUUCUCUGUCUACUCCUCCUCUCUCCACUUCUCCUCCUCUCUCCACUCCUCAGGAGCAGCAAAGUCAGACAGGUUCUCGGACUGCAGAGCUGAGUCCACAGGGAUCUCCCACGUUAGGACAUCAGAGUAGCACCAGUGAGGACAUCUGGGUGCUGCGCAAACCAGUGGCAGGUGGAGAGCGCAGUGGCAGCGUGUGCAGCCUUGGCAGUGUUCGCUCCUCCAGCAGCCUGCAGGGAUCUGGAAACACCCAUGUCCUGACCACACCGGCCCCCAGUCCUCACCCAGCCUCCACACCGGGACUCAACACUCACGGCCUCAACGCUCCAGGGCUGCAUGCGCAAGCCGAAGGGGUCAAGCUCCUGGCCACUGUGCUGUCUCAGUCGGUGAAAGCAAAGGAGCAUCUCUUGGAGCAGUCGCAGUCUGUUGAGCAGUCAGCGAGCUCCUCAAGUCGCACAGUCCACGAGCAGCGGUCUUUUGAACGCAAGACCGAAGAGGAUGAUGGGAAAAAGCAGGCAGUGGUGACAUGGCUGGGCGAGUUUCAGCUGCAGUUCUACACAACUCACUUCCUAACAGCAGGAUAUGAUCUAGACACCAUUAGCCGCAUGACCCCUGAGGACCUGACGGCAAUCGGUGUCAUGAAGCCUGGACAUCGAAAGAAGUUACUGUCAGAAAUCAGCAAGCUGCCCUCAACAGACUGGCUACCUGAUCACAAACCUGCUAACCUGGCAGACUGGCUUUCUCACCUCGGUCUCAGCCAAUACUACCAAGUUCUUGUCCAGAAUGGGUAUGAAAACAUUGACUUUGUUUCAGACAUCAGUCUGGAAGACCUGCAAGAGAUUGGCAUCUCUAAGCUUGGACAUCAGAAGAAAUUGAUGCUGGGAGUAAAAAGACUGAAGGAGCUACAACGAAGAGAAAGUGGCUCUGAGCCUCCUCAGAGUCCCACUUCACCUCCUUCCAGCCCAGGAGGGAGCACUUCCUCAGAGUCACGGAGAGAGGCAAGGAAACUGAGGGAGAGUGCCCCAAGCCCACUGGCCAAACCUCGCCCAGGUCUCACAUCUUCACAGACCCCUCCCCACACACCGACCCAGACCCCCCCACAAACCCCACCACAUGGCCAUACCCAGCAGGCCUCCCCUAGGGCUCGCCCGCGACCAUCCACCCAGACAUCCUCCGCCGAUGGGUCGGUACCGCUGCUGCGGCUGCCCUGUGAGGAGGAGGAACGACAAAGGACUCACAGCCUCAUCGGCUCAGAAUCAGACUCCCGAUAUGCCACUGUGUGCCGAAGCAGCUCCACGCAUACUGCUGCACCUAAUGAUGUCACCGUUAACCGCAGCCAGUCAUCCGUCACCCUCCGUCCCAGACGAAAAGGCCGGCCCCCUACGCCACCUAAACGAUCAUGUUCUUCCAUUACUGGUGGUGACGGGGAAGGUGAAGGACAGGGGGUGGGGCUUCUGGGGCUGCCAACCUAUCGAGAGAGGCGAGCCAGUGACUGUGGCAGCUUGGGAGCAGCUUUAAGAGCUCAGGACUCUGCUGGCCUUCAGAGAUCCGAGGGGACUUCGGGGAGUGUUCGCAGCCUCGCAGCCAUGCUGGAAACAUCAAUGGUGCCAAGGAAUGUGGCAAGUGGGGCUAACUUCCUACAGGCAAGUCCUCCCCUGCUCCGUCGCCAGGCACGAGCUGGAGGUCUGGGAGCAUCUGAGGAUGACGUUGCAAACCGGCGCAGGACCGUCAGUGGACUUGAAAGCCACCCUGAUGAGCAUUCUGAUCAGUUACCACAACAAUCCGUCCAGCAACGUCCAGAGCCUCGACCUCGCUCCAUCGUGGUCACGUCCGGAUCCGAGAUCACCGAUGGGACAGCAACACUCAGGAGGAAACCACGUCCUCCAGCUACAGAGACUGAAGGCCCCACAUCAGUGGCUACCACUGUAAUUACCAUGACAACCGGCUCGGAAACAAUACGCAGACGACAACGCACAACGGAGCAAACCCAAUCUGUCACUCACAGCAAUAAUCAAUCAAACUCCCCUGACGGCACCCAGAAAAAUGUGGGAGAGCCGCAGCAGAAUGGCGGCGUGGUGCUGAGGCGGAGGCCAGUGUCCGAGGCCUCCGAGAGGACAGAAACCGGCAGGGAGACCUGUGAGUGGAUGGAAGCCAGGAAGUCUCUGAAGCCACCAGUCUCACCCAAACCUUCUACAGUCGCCCUGAGAAAGACCCAGGCCGACCCGCCUACUCCAACUCGAAGGGUCCCAAUACCUGGACCUGAAAAUAUGGAGCCAGCACAGAGCCCUGAGCCAAAGCGUGCCCCUCCUCCGGUAUCCCCAAAACCCCGUGGGCCUCCAACGGCUCCCAAACCAGGAAAAGCAGUUGUAUCUUCAGUUGCCACGAGCCCCAGUCCUGCUGCUACUAGCCCGGUUGCAACCAGCCCCAUUCCAGCUCCAAGACCCUCCUCUCCUCUGGCUGCUGCCCCGCUUCCAGCUCCUGAAAAUCCCUCUGCUCCCUCUCUCUCUCCAGGACUCCCUCUCACUUCCACGUCUCCAGCCCAGAGUCCCUCUACUCCGUCACCGCACCCUGUCAAACCUCCCCGCUCCUCCAUUGCUGGCCUCUCUAUUGACCUGCUGGGAGGACGGGAGGCAGAGGAAGAAGAGGAGAGGAGGAAAGAGAAGGAGCACCAGAGGAAAACAGAACAGGAGAAGGAGGAGAGCAAAAUGGCAGAAGAUGAAAACCAGGGUGAGUUGGAAAGGAAGACUUUGAGGAGAGGAGAAGCGAAAGAGGAGAGUCAAGAAGAAGGAGGACAGCAAGAGAAGAGGAUUCAGCAUCGUUUGGAAGAGACCAGCGCCUCCUUGGCUGCAGCUUUGCCGACUGUAGAGCAUAAAAUCAAAGAGGAAGACAGACCAAAUGACAAAAAAGCAGCGGUCUCCAUUCUGGAUGACAUCGGCAGCAUGUUUGACGACUUGGCGGACCAGUUGGAUGCAAUGCUGGACUGAUCUCCCAUCCAUGUGGUUUUUUUUUUUAACAAGGUCCUUCCCCCUCUCCCCAACAUCGUGUGUAGGUGUACGAAGAAGCCUUUCCCAAGGCUAAAGGCUGGUGUUUUUCAGAGUGCAAAUCUGAGAGUGUCCCUCCUUUUUUGUAAGAGCUUCCCGAGUAUCCUCAUGCAGGUACUGAGGAGGAGGAGUGCUGUUUGUUGCUCCUUCUUCUGCUGCCUGGAUGCUACUCCCACACAACCUCUGACCUCCGCAGCCCAGAUGAUGAUGCCUCCACCCCCCCUCAGAUGGCUGCGUGGACCGAGAAGCACAAUUACUUCGCUUAUCCUUUUAUCUGUGCAAUCUGACCAGGACAGUUUGCAAGGACAGACUCAGAGACAAAUCGAUGAGCAUAUUGCUUACAAAACUAAGCACAUAAAUAGUCUGAAAGGCUGAUUGAUAACUUGAUAGAAAGCAGAUGGAUUUUUUAAAAAGCACACAGAAUGACAGGAUGCUGUCUAAGUCCUCCAAUCUGACAAUAUAAUCCCUUUUUCCAGAUGAAUUGUAGCCUUUCUUUCUUCUCUGUGUGAGUGGAGGAUUCCUACCCCACGUGUCGUCUCUGUUCAUGUUGUCGUUGGUGCCCUUGCUGUUAUCGUUGGCCUUGUUGUCGUUUCGAGUGUGCGUAGUCCCUGCUUACACGCUUGCAUCAGUUUCCUCCUUUUCCCACCCGGAUUGAUCAAACUAAACGCAUCUGUGUCCAUAAAUUUCUAGGAUACACAAAACAAGCGCAAACACAUGCACACACACACAUUGGUGGGACUUACAUUGGUUUAAAUAUUGCUGGUGUUGUUGGUGUUUAUCUAUCAUGUGUGAAGGGAUUGCUUGGAAAUGAUUCAUGAGAAAUACAUGCAACGACACACACGCUCAUGUGGUUUAUCCCUGUGUCCUGCUGCAGUGAACAGUGUUUUCAAAAGAUAUUCCUAUAUUUCAAUGCUUUAUAUAGUACAUCCAGUAAAAAAGACACAUAGUUUAUAGUAGACCUGGAUAUUUGAGCUGUUAGAGCUCCCUCUAUUGUCGGUUAGUGAAACUGCCCUUAAUCUCCCCAACUUCUUUCUCUUCUCCCCUCCUUUAUUUUAAAUCUGUCUAAUUUGGUAAAUCUGCAAAUAUCUGUGCCUUCGUAGUCUUCUUUAUAUAUACUUUUAUUUUGUUUUGUUUUUCUUGCUGUCUACUAAAAUGUUCAUGGUCUCUUUAAAAACCCUAUGUGUCCGUUUUGUCAGACAGUAGCUUCUCAGUUGAUUUGUGAGUCCUGUAUAAGCCCUAAAAUGAAAUCCUCCAUGUCUGCCGCCCUCUAUGAGCUCUAUAAGCUGUAAUAAGUUGGCUCCACUCUUCCAGGAGCUCCCUGUUUUCAGUGAUUUUCCCCCAGACCAGUUUUCAUCCCAGUGAAGAGUCCACUUGUAUUUUUAUGCUCUUUGAAAACAGAGAUAUAUUUCAGAGACAGUUCUAUGUGAAUAAUAGUAUUAUUAAUAAAAAUAACUACGAUGAUAAUCAUGAUGAUGUUAAACAUUGAAUGGGGCUGAGCUGAUUUGAGCCUGUGUAUCUAUGGUUGAGUUCUGGAUGUGUUGUGACUGCUGUUGUGUCAUGGUUGGGUUUAGUUGGGUGUUUCUGCUGUGACGAUGCAUUCCUGUACAGCUGUCAUCAGAAUAAAUGUAUAAAUUAAACCUAA